AUGUCACCUCCUCACACCGGAGAGCAGAGCUUCUUAGGCCCCCGGGUCCCGCCGCAGAUAGAGGCCAUGUCCCGGGGCCUGAAGGAGCUGGACCACGGCACGGUCCGGAGGCUGCUGAAAGGCGCUGUGGCAGGAGGCUCAGGACGCCUGCCUUCUCCCGACGCCUGUGGCUCCAUUAUCAGCCUGUGUGCGGUUUUCCCCCCCCAGUCAGAGGCCCGGACGCCAUCUUUAAAGAAACGGAUUAGUGUCGGUACUGACACCCGGUCGACUCCCCAGACGGCUCCGACUCAGUUCAGACGAAGAGCCGCUCACACUCAGAGCUGUCAGGGGCGAGCGAGGGGCGGGAGACCAGUCAGAUCCACGUUUAGGCCGAGUCCAUAUCCCAGUGGGUCCUGUCAGUCAGGUCUGGGCCGGUCUCAGAAAAGUGUUGUUAUGAAAGUGAUCUGA